AUGUCCGAGUUCCUCGAUGCCUACUGGCAGGCGCCGCCUGUUGCAAGAACAUUUGCAACAGCCGCGUUCGUCACGUCCUUGUCCGUCCUCCUGGGCGUCGUGAAUGGCUACUGGUUCAUCUUUAUGCCCCAGUUCCUCUUCCAGAUCCCGCCACAGAUUUGGCGUCUUGGGACCAACUUCCUGCUCACCGGCCCCCAGCUCGGCCUGCUCUUUGACACGUACUUUCUGUACCACUACCUGACGGCGCUUGAGGUCGGCAAUCCCAGGUUCGCUAGGCGCGAGGAUGUCAUCUGGUAUCUCAUGUUCGUAUGCACUGUCAUCACGGCACUCUGCACCUACCUCAUGGGCGGAGGAGCUUUCCUGCCGGCUUUGAUUCUCGCCAUGUGUCGCACCGUAACACAAGACCAGCGCGGGAUGAAGGCGAACUUUUACUUCGUCACCAUCCCCGCUCAGCUCACCCCGUUCUGCAUGAUGCUCGUGUCGCUACUGUUCCCUGGCGGGUACUACACCGCCAUGCUCCAGCUCAUGGGCUUCCUGGCCGCUCACCUCUACGACUUUUUGUCCCGCGUGUGGCCUGAGUUCAGCGGCGGCAGCAACCUGAUCCCCACGCCCGGCUUCCUGUCUCGUCUUGUGCAGACUCCUCGCUUUAAUCAGCGUGGCUACGGAACUGCUGUUCGUGGCGGCGGUGGCUCGGCCCAAACAUCGGGUAGCAGUACUGGCGUGUCCCAGGGCGGCGGCGUCUUGCCCGAGUCGUGGAGGACAAGAGGACCUGGUCGACGUCUGGGUUGA